UAAAACGUUUACGCGAUUUAUUUUAUUUAUUAAAUUUACUUACCAACAACUUAAAAUGGCAUCAGCUCUAGAACAAUAUAUUAAUCACACAGUAUCGAUUAUAACAGCAGAUGGACGCAAUUUCAUUGGAACACUUAAGGGAUUCGAUCAAACCAUCAAUGUGAUUCUGGAUGAAUCUCAUGAACGAGUCUUUUCACCAACAGCCGGCAUUGAACAAAUCGUAUUGGGUUUGCAUAUAAUACGUGGAGACAACAUAGCAGUGAUAGGACAAAUUGAUGAGACCAUCGAUUCAAGGCUAGACUUUCCCAAUAUAAGAGGUGAACCCUUGGGACCAGUGGUACAUUGAAUCUAUAUGUAUAUCAAAAAAGUAAUUGUUAAGUUUGAAAACAAAAAAAUAAACAUUUAUUUUUAAAGAUGGAAACGAA